ACUGUUGCCAUUAAUAAUUCUUUGGAAAUUAUUCAAUUGCUCAACGAAUUAGAUAUAAACAGAUUUAAAAAUCAGUUUAACUAUCUGCAUGUUGGACUUGUUCAAGUAGCUAUUAAGCCACUGUUCCGACAAGGAUUAGACAUCCCUGUCUGUGCUCUUCUACGAGAUGCUCGUCUAUUAAAUUUUGACGAUUCGCUCUUAGGAGUAAUCCAAAGUAACCUCGCCGACGGCCCGGUAUACUUUAACUGCUACCCAAAUUUCUCGGUCGAUAUCAAUGAUCCUAACAUCAUGGACGUUUUGACACUAAAUGUUAAAACUAAAAACAUGAACAGUAAGGAUAAUACCCGAGAAAUAGCGAUCAUAUACAGAGUAUAUUAUCGACUCAUGGGUACUACCCUAGCUCCGAAAGCUAGAUUCACGAGCCCUAAAGGGGUCACCACCCUAAUGGAAGCAAACAAAGACCGUAGCACAGUCUUUGUUCCUAAGGCUCUUGUUUGGAACGAUAUCCUACAUAGUAAUGAUUGGCACUUUGAGGCCAUCGCCCAACCCAUUCGGAGUUACUCCGAAAGAUCUCAGAUCGAACGGGUUAUUCAACACCCAGAUGGAUCUAUAGAUCUAAAAUUCUUAGGAGUCGACCCUUCUCGACUCUCUUCAUCUCGAAGGUCCGUCUCCUCAGGUGCCUCUUCCUCUAAAAACCAACGUGAACCUAAUGAUCACGACGGCCCCGAUGAUAAGGGAAAGAUUAGGGGAGUUGACUACUCCGGUCUUGAAAGGGGAAGCUUUAAUGACUUCGUUAGAGUAGGAAAUAUUGAGUCCUUCUAAAGGAGGAGUGGUGGAUUCGACUACGGUGUUUCGCUGAGUAUACCAUUUGGUAACGAUGGCGAGUCAUUAUUGCAGUCAGGACGGAUCAUAACUUUGAUCAGGAAGGUAUCCUUAUACCAUCUGAAGUCUGCAAGAUUUUUGCAGCGAAGGUUAUUAAGGAUUUCUAGACUUCUAUCUUGAAAGAGUUUUGGUUCUCCUACAAAGUGUCUAGCUAUGUGGUAGAGGAGAGUUGCACAAGCAUCUUCUUGUGCUUCUUGAACUACGGUUUCUCGACCAUCUACGGUGCGAGCAACCUGUUCAAUAGCUGUAGCAUUGUAAAUGAGGUUCUUUUCGUCCUCAGAAACAUAAUUGUCCCACCAAUGUUUGAGCAUACCGGUGAAUCCCGAGACAACCAUGGUGGCGGCUCCUUUGUCAGAGAAACCUUUAAUUUUGUAGGCUGUGAUAGCCACGGCAAUCUCAUGGAGUUUAUUGUAGAUUUGGUGUUCGGCCAAACCAUCAAUAUUCCAUUCGGUUAUGCCUCGUCCAUCAUGACUGGAUGUGGAGAGGAAAGGAUUUUCUUCGAAUUGGACAUCCGGAGGAGAAGGUUUUCGGUAAUAGUUUUUUCUAGUGGAAAAUCAAUCACUAGAAAGUUUAGAGAGAGAGUUCUUUUCUUUAGAACUGGAAGCAUCUUUAGAGCUAGAGGGCUCUUGAGAGAUUUUGAACUUGGUGAGUUUGGAAUUAAUUUUUUCCAAGAUUUGUUCUGACAAUUUAAAAUCGUCAUUCAGAUUUGGAAACUUAUCUUUAUGAAACUCUGGGAGUUUAAAGAUAGGGUUGGAAAGAGGUUUAGAGCAUGGAGUGCUCUUGGUUGGUAAUGGGGCAGAAAGGGGAGGACUUUUGGCGUCCUCUAAUAUUUUAGUGUAAAUGGAGAAAAAUUCCGUGUUUUUGACUUAUAUAGGGUGGGAAAUUGACCAAAUUACCCCUCAAGGCACGAAAAUAGAAUGCUAAAAAACUGGACAAAAGCCUAUAGCCAGGGUGGGGCCUUGAUAUUCCCCCGCUCUAUCCAGGGCGACACCUUGCUAUAACGGUGGAGUUUCCAGGGCGGCGCCUUGGCUACAACGGUGCUAAAAGAUGGGCGACGCGGGCUAAAUACCUUUUGCUACUGGUUUGGAAAUCCAAACAUGCCCUUACGAUAUUCGAAAAAUUCUGAAAUUUACCUAGGAUGUACUAAGGCCUUGCCCCAUCGUAAUACAAUUUGAAAAUCUAAAAUCGAAGGUCGGAAAGAUCAUCAACUAAAUCUCCAAAGUUCAGAGGUCUAAAAUAAGACUAAGUGUUGAACACUUAGCAAAAUUUUCUAAGUCUAGGAGCUUGUAAAGCCUAAUGAGAUGAAUUUUAGACCUAGGAUUUUACGGGGUAUUACACUCGAACAACAAGAACAUCCAAUCGGCCACACUUGUUCACAACAUAAUUUUAACAAGUUCAAGCUCAAAUCUAGAUCUAGACUCAAAGUUCUAGUGAACAAGAAAACCAACCCUUUGGAACAACUAAAAAAAACAAAAGACACCAAGAUCUAGACACCACAACUUAGCCAAGACAACAACAAGAAGAACAACAAUUUCUGGAAUUUUCAGCUUUUCAAUAAUUUUUUUUGAUUUUCUAAUAAGCAAGCCCAAGAUUGAUCUUGCUGAUCAAGCCAUGCUUUGAUACCAAAUGAUAUAAUAAAAGCUAGGAAGGCACGAAACACACUCCAAAACAGUCUACGAAUCUUAAAAAUUCGAGGAUCUUUUUGGAGACCACUCUCAAAAUUCACUACCAACAACAAAAAUACAAGAUAUAAUGGUGUAUUUGACACCAAACAACCACAAAAUGUUAAGAACAAGGAGAUAACAACAACAACAAGUCAUGAUUUCACUAGAAACAAGAACAAAUGAUUAUAAGUUACAAACACUAACAAGAUUACAAUAAAAGUAAAGGGAUAGAAAGAUAGACCAAUGGUUGGUAUAAUAUUAAAAAACCAAGUGCUUAUUCUACUCUUGGACCCUUAACACGACACACAACAAAUACCUAUCUCUUACGUGACACUAGAUCGGAUUCCACCUCUCAAGCCAUCGAUGUUUUCAAGUAAAACACAAUCACUAGUGAAUCUGCACUAGUUUUUUAUCCUAGAUUCAGGUGGGCACUCUUAUCUACUAGAGAAAGAUCUUUUUACAAGAGUUCUACACUCACAAAUAUAUUUAAAAACUAAGUAAUGAAACCCUACAUUGUUCUUUAUAUAGUCUAUUACAUAAUAAAAACUAAAUGAUGAAAUGGCCCUUAAGUGACGGGCGCCUAUCAAGUGUAGCUAGGUAUAGUGUUUGGACAAUUUUUGGUGUAUAAUUAGGUCCUCUUUUUCUCUUCAAUUGUACACACCAAGUCUCAGACCCAACAUACACUCUCAUAAGUCUAAAUCCAUAAUUAUUCUUUUAUCAUACCUCCAGCUAGAGAUGGUGCAUGGGGCUACUCGGGUGGUUCUCAAGGUUCUAGUGAAGUCCUCGGGCAGAUAGGGUAGGUUGUCGGGUAGGCACAUAGUCUGGAUAUGGGAAGGGUCAUCUAUAUGUUGUUCCUAGUAAGUUGGAGGUUGAGGCUUCAGAUGUUGUCAUUUUAUCUACGAUUUUUGUAUGCAAUCAACCAACUUCUUCUUUAUUUGAUCAAGGCUCCGCAUAUUCAUAUUCUUCUACCUAUUAUGCAUCUCUAUCGGUGCUGUCUUAUGAGAUAUUAUACGUGCCCAUGUGUAUGGCUACUUCCGUGGGUGGUUUUUUAGUAGUGAAUUGGGUAUAUCGAUCUCUUAUGGUGACUUUUCAAGAGUGUCACACUCAGACUGAUCUUAUUAUGCUAGACAUGAUUGAUUUUGAUGUGAUUUUGAGAAUGGAUUGACUAUUCCCCUAUCAUGUGAUCUUUGAUUGAUUUGUCAAGAUCGUUGCCUUAGCUACGCUUGACAUCUCCUCAGUUGUGUGGUGGGUUCUUAUAGUCAUGCACUAACAAAGAUUAUUUCUUGUAUUCAAGCUAGGAUACUGGUAUUAAGGGUUGGUACGACUUAUCUAGCUUAUGUUUGUGAUGUUAGCAUUAAGAGCCCUUCGCUUGACUUAGUUCCUAUAGUCUGUUAGUUCCCUAAUGUUUUCCUAUCGACCGGCAUGGCCUUCCUCAUGAGCGUGAUAUAGACUUUGCUAUUAACCUUAUGCCGGACACCCAACCAAUUUCUAUUGCACCUUACUCUAUGAAUCUUGUCGAGCUAAAGGAGGUAAUAAAUAUUCAGCUUCGGAAUCUUCUGAGUAAGAUAUUUAUUAGAUCGAGUGUAUCACUGUAGGGUACUUCAAUCCUAUUUGUAAAGAGAAAAGAUGGCUUUAUAUGUAUGUAUAUUGAUUAUUGGCAGCUACAUAUGGUGAUAGUGAAAAAUAAGUAUCCUAUGUUUCGUAUAUAUGGUCUGUUUGACCAGCUUCAGGAUGACACCAUAUUUUCUAAGAUUGACUUGAGAUAUAGCUACCAUCAGUUGAGGAUUCGGGUGGAGGACAUCCCUAAGACAACCUUCAGGACUCUCUACAACCAUUACGAGUUCUUGGUGAUGUCUUUUGGGUUGACCAAUGUCCCAGAAACGUUCAUAGACUUGAUGAACUAGCUAUUCAAGCCUUAUUUGGACCCUUUCAUGAUUGUAUUUAUUGACGACAUCAUUGUGUAUUCCAAGAAUAAGGAGGAGCACGAGUAGCAUUUGAGGAUUGUGCUCCACAGCUUGAGAGUUCAUCGGCUUUAUGCCAAAUUUUAAAAGUGCAUGUUCUGGCUUGAGUGUGUAGCAUUCUUGGGGCACGACCAUCCUUUUCUCAUAUACCCUAUAAAUAGGGGCAGAUAGCUACCCAUGAAAAUGUGAUCGUGGGUGCUACUUGUUCCACCCAUUUGUUAGUUCACCUGGCUAUUUUGAUUUGUCCAAUUUAGCCCAUCAUAAAUUUUAAUAAUAUAUAAUUCAGAUUGACCCAUGAGAAAUUUUUUUAAAAUAUAUUUUAAAAGGCUUUUUUGGAUAUGCUUCAUAUAUCCAUAAUGAAGGUUCUCUUUCAAAGGUAGAUAGAGAAAUUUAGGAAAACAAACAAGGAAAAUAAAAUUUCGUAAGAAUUAAAUGGACUGUGUUCAAAUAGAAAAAAAUCUUUCAUAUAGAGAAACAAAUGAAAGUCUAAUUAUCAUAUGAUGAAAUACAUGACUUAAAUGUUGCCAAGAUUUGAUUAAUGAUAUGAAAUAGAUAUUAUGUCAAAUACAAUCUCAAAAAUUAGCUCAUGCAACAAAAACUAUCUAAGAUUAUAUAAAGAAACCUAGACGAACCUACAUAAGUAGGGAAAAGAUCUUCUACAUAUAAUUAGUUUCUACUCUUACCCAUUUGUAAACUAUUUGUGCCUUUUGAGGAUCCCAAUAGUGGAAUUGAAUAUGUGACUAGUGACCAACUCUUUUUCUAAAAUACUUUAGUACUGGUUCCACAAGGAAAGGGGAAUUAUACAUUUAAUAUUUAUACUCGUUCUUCCAAUGUAUAAUAAGUUAAAAUAUAUCAUUCCAUGCUAACCACUUUGACUAUCAUGUUUUUAUUUUUCAAUACUUAGCAACCAAGCAUUGGAAUUUCCAGACCCUAAUUUUUUUAACUCAUACAAGGAUGACUCUGCUUUCAUUUGACUUUGAAUUGUAAUAAAAAAUGAGAUAAAUAAAUAAUUAAAUCAUGUAUAAAUAACUCGUUUCCAUCUAGUAUAUAAUACUAUUAAGAUCAAAUUAAAUUAGCUAUCAAGAAAGCCUAUAAAUGGAGAUACCAAAUUAUUACAACAUAAAACUUAUAUUAUUUUCAUGUGCAAUUAUCAUAGUAUUGAGUUGGGCAUGGAGAAUCUUGAAUUGGGUUUGGUUCAAACCAAAAUUGGAGAAAUGCCUAAGACAACAAGGUUUUAAUGGAAACUGUUACAAGUUCUUGUUUGGUGACACAAAAGAGAUGAUGAAAAUGGGAAAAGAAUCUUUGUCUAAGCCUAUUGAAUUCUCACAUGACAUGAUUUGGCCUAGAGUUAUGCCUUUCUUCCACAAAACCAUCAAUAAUUAUGGUAAGUAUUCGAAUUAGCUAAAUUGUUUUGCUUGGUAUGGGCCAAGACCCACAGUGGUCAUAGUGGAUCCUGAACUUAUAAGGGAAGUGCUAACUAAGAAUUACAUUUAUAAAAAGCCUCCUGGCAAUCCACUAACUAGGUUGGCAGCAAAUGGGCUUGCUGGCUAUGAAACUGAUGAAUGGGCCAAACAUAGAAGACUUAUAAAUCCUGCUUUUCACCUUGACAAAUUGAAGCAUAUGCUUCCUGCAUUCCAACUGACUUCUUUGGAGAUGUUGAGCAAAUGGAAGAAAAUUAUCUCGAAAGAAGGAUCAGAGAUAGAUGUGUGGCCAUAUCUUCAAACUUUGAUAAGUGAUGCAAUUUCAAGAACUGCAUUUGGCAGUAGCUAUGAAGAAUGAAAAAAGAUUUUUUAACUUCAAAAGGAACAAAUGGAACUACUUUUACAAGUGUCACGCUCAUUAUACAUCCCAGGAUGGAGGUUUGUACCAACAAAAACAAAUAGAAGGAUGAAGCAAAUCUUUAAUGAAGUGGGAGCAUUGGUAUUGGGAAUCAUCAAGAAAAUAAUGAGGAUGAUUGAAGAUGGAGAGACACAUGAUGACUUAUUAAGUAUACUAUUGGCAUCUAAUUUACAAGAAAUCCAACAUGGACAUAAAAAAUUUGGUAUGAGCAUUGAUGAGGUGAUUGAAGAGUGUAAAUUAUUUUAUUUUGCUGGUCAAGAGACUACUUCAACUUUACUUGUAUGGACAAUAAUUUUACUGUGCAAGUAUCCUACUUGACAAGAAAGGGCUAGAGAAGAGACUCUACAAGUGUUUGGAAGUGAUGAAUUUGACUAUGAGAAGUUGAAUCAGCUAAAAGUAGUAACAAUGAUCAUAAACGAGGUCUUAAGGUUAUAUCCAUCAGGAUAUUUUAUUAAUCGAAUGGUAAUCGAGAAUACAGAGUUAGGAAAUUUAAUUUUACCCUCUGGUGUGCAACUCAUGUUAGCAACAAUUUUGUUGCAUCAUGAUACUGAAAUAUAGGGAGAUAAUGCAAUGGAGUUCAAUCCUGAGAGAUUUAGUGAUGGAGUAGCCAAAGCAACCAAAGGACAAGUUAUGUUUUUUUCAUUUAGUUGGGGUCCAAGAAUAUGUAUUGGACAAAACUUUGCUAUGCUAGAGACCAAAAUGGCAAUGGCUAUGAUUCUCAAACACUAUGCAUUUGAAUAAUCAACUAUGAGAGAACAUGUCU